AUGACCUCACGGAUUGACAAGACCAUUUCUCGACAGCGAGAAAAGAUCGCCUCCGGGGCAUACUACGAGGCUCAUCAGCAACUGCGAGUGAUCGCCGCGCGGUACAUCAAACAGAGCAACUAUGACGCGGCAGCGGAGAUUCUAGCUGGCGGCGCCACUGCCCUCCUCAGGGCUGGAUUGCAGCAGGGAGCUUCGGCCAGCGGAGGAGAUCUCGCUAUCAUGUUGGUGGCUGAGGUAUAUGUUAAGGCAGGCUGGGAAAUUGCGGGGGGCGAUGAUGAUGCGGAGGGACGUGCUCGUAAGAGUGAGUUCGAAACUGCUUACUUGACAAAUCGGCCUUUAUCAUCUGAAAUGUUUCCUGCUAACAAGGUGCCAUCCGCAGAGCGUCUAAUCGAACUUCUACGCGAAUUCCCUUCGGAGGAGCCUACGCGAAAGAGGUUUAUCCAAGAAGCAAUCGGGUGGAGUGGACGGUUCGGGCCCGCCGAGCGGGGGGAUCCUGAGUUACACCAUGCAGUUGGAUCUGUAUACGCGGAAGACCAAGAGCCCUAUGAAGCUGAAAAGCAUCUUGUACUGGGUACGUCCGAGUCGGCCGAGACCCUGGCGAAACUUGAGUACGAGUGGUACACCAACGACGAGCCGCAUACGGCAGGCAUUUAUGCAGCACGAGCCGUAAUCCCUUUCCUUUUGAUUGGCAACCUACGCAGUGCUAAUAAGUCCUUCUUGAUCUUCACCUCUCGCCUCAGCUCCGCCAAUCCGACUCUCGGCGUGCAAGAGAUCAGCAGCGCAACCUCUGACGUUCGAGUAUACCCAGUCCUUCCCUUGGUAAACUUCCUCAAUCUGUUGCUGCUGGCUAUUCAGCGAGGAUCAGCGGAUCUGUUUAAGCAGUUGACUGCGCACUAUGCUACGCAGAUCAGAGAGGCAGGGAUUCUUGACGAUGCGCUCCCUCAGAUUGGCGAGCAGUACUUCGCGAUCAACAUUCCUCGACAGGGGAACCCGCUGUUGGACAUGAUGGGCAGCAUGUUGUUUGGAGGUGGUCAGGAUAGCGGUAGGAGGCCGGCGCCAGGGAGAGCUCUGCCGAGAAAGGUCGAAGCCCCGCCGUCAAAUAUGGAACUUGACUAG